AUGUCCGACAACAAGAACAACAAGGGCACCUACGCCGCUGUAGCCCGCGGCACAGCCGACAACCAGCCCGAGGGCACGCUCGUUAACCUCGAAACCCAGCCGCCACCAUACACUCCUCAAGAUGGUCCCUCCGCGCCUGGUCCCUCCGGUCCCUCAACUCAACCCCCCAACACCAAUCCGAUGCACCACACCGCGAUGCACCACCACAUCCAACGCACCCACCGCACCCCGCGCCAGACCGAGGAAGGCGUGCUCAUCGUCGUCGCACACUCGCCCGAAUACUAUCUUGCCCUGUCGCGCGCGCGUAGGCGUUUCUGGGGCACGAUGCUUUGGGCGCUGUUCAUCUACUUCAUUGCAGUGAUGCUCGUCGGUGGCGGUAUCGAGGACGCGUACCGCAACAACCACGGGAAGCACAGGAAGCAUGACCCUGUCGUGUGGGCGAGCGAGUAG